AACAGAGGAGGGUACUGCAGGCUGCAAUUUGAGCUGUCUGCUUCAGGAAUGCAGUGGUUAAUGGCUGUACGGAAGAGCUAGGAAGUCAGCAAAUUUUAAUGACCAAUUUUGAUCAAGUAAAGAACACCCCUGUAUGUUUUGGAAUAAAAUGGAUAACUCUUUUGUGGAAGAAGUGGCUGCAUCUUUGGUUAGAGAAUUUCUCAGCAGAAAGGGUUUAAAAAAGACAAGUGCCAUUAUGGACAGAGAAUUUCCACGUACUGCACUUAGCAUCAACAAUAGAAAUGAACUGCGAAAUGUUUUGCAUCUACAAUCUUUGUACAAACAAAACAAGGCAAAGGAGAAUCCACUGAAAACAAUUCUUGAAGUUAUCACCAACUAUUUUCUUGAACAUUUUGGGACCACCAGAUGCAUCACAAGUCCUGCAGCUUCAGUUCUACAAGCUAAGAGCUCCCAGUCUAGGUGUAUAGAGACAUCAUCAGUUAAUGACUACUCAGAUGAAGACAUGCAUGGCAGAACAACAGUGUCUGAUGCAAGUAAAACUGAGGUUUACAGAUAUGACAUUGAUGUUCCACUAGAUAAAGUCAUUCCAUCGAAGAGACAUCAACAUAAAAGUGAGAAAUCCAAGACUGUGGUAGUACCCAAUAGUGGCUCAUCCUCUGAAGGAGAUAAAAAGUCAAAAAAUAGCAGAGAUGAUUUGAAAAUAACAGAAACUUCUGAGGAGAUGAAGACCACAAUGAGAGAGAAGCAAAGGUCCAGGUCUGGUCUCAUUGUCAGAGGAAUGAUGGCUGGACCCACUGCAAGUUCACAAGAGGAUUCAGUAAAAAGGAAGCUUCUAAAACGAUCCUCUGGCAUAAAUAGCACAAUGCAAUUCAAAGAGGAAGAUCAUCAGAAAAAUUCUUCAGUGGUGCCAACUAGUGAUUUUCAAGAAAUUAAAGGAACUUCCACAGAGUCCAUGAGUUACCUUUCAUCACAUAAUGCCAGUGGUCUGAAAGAAGAUAUGGAAUUUUCAUCAAAGAUUUCAUCAAACUCAUACACAACUUCAGUCAGUGAGAAGCUAAGACAUACGUCCAAAGACACAGCUGAUCCACUUGCCAAACUCUUAUCAGAAAGAGAGAGAACCAAAGCUGAAGAAAGGAAAUCAAUGGCAAGCUUUGAUUUAGACACCAGUGAAAAAACCCUCAAAUUAAGUGUUCUUCACAAACAUUUAGAAGCUGGAAGAGAAAAGAGAGAAAGAUCUCCCAAAAACAAUGAGAAUCGGUUAUCAGGCCGCAGAAAGACUCCAUCAUCCAUAUCCAAUAAAAGUGACCAGAUGAAAGAUGUCCUAGAAGUAGUUGAUUUCGAUGAUGAAGCAACGAUUGGGGAAGUUAGUAGGAUCCCAGAACUUUCAACGCUGUAUACACUUGAAAUAGUAUCAAAGGCAAUUGAUAUUUCCCUAGCAAAAGAAAUAAAAAAUCUUUUGUUUGGCUCAAGCCUUUGUUGCUUCAGUGAAGAAUGGAAAAUGCAGAACUUUACAUUUAACAGUAUACCACAGCUAAAAUACGGCAUCGUUCAAAAACAGGGCGGCCCAUGUGGAGUAUUGGCCGCAGUUCAAGCCUGUGUCCUGCAACAACUUCUCUUUGGAGACAGUAACAGAAAUAGCCAUGUGCGGUGUCUGCAGCCUUCAGAUGCUCAUAGGACCAAAUGCCUCACUCUGGCUAUUGCAGAUAUUUUAUGGCGUGCAGGGGGCAAUGAAAAAGCUGUGGUUGCACUGCCUUCAGGAAGGCAGCAGUUCACUCCAGCAGGAAAAUACAAAGCAGAUGGAAUCUUCGAAACACUAAUACUACAUAGUAUCACAAAACAUGAAGAUCUGACCAUUUUUCUUCAGCAGAAUAUUCAUCAGUUUGAAACUGGUCCAUUUGGGUGCAUUCUUCUUACCCUUUCGAUUAUCUUUACAAGAUCUAUUGACCUGGUGCGCAAUGAUUUUGAUGUGCUCACAAACCGACUGAUUGGCACCCAUGGAUACUGCACACAAGAACUUGUGAACUUGCUGCUGACUGGUAAGGCUGUGUCCAACGUGUUCAAUGAUGUAAUAGAGCUGGACUCUGGAAAUGGAAAUAUCACAGUUUUGAAAGGAAUCACUAACCGCAGUGAUAUCGGCUUGCUGUCUCUUUUUGAGCACUAUGAUGUUUGCCAGGUUGGCUGCUAUUUGAAGACCCCGAGGUACCCAAUUUGGGUCGUGUGCAGUGAAAGCCAUUUCAGUGUGCUUUUUUGCUUGAGAAAGGACUUACUAGGUGACUGGAAAACGGAACAGAGAUUUGACCUCUAUUACUAUGAUGGCCUGGCCAACCAGGAAGAGGAAAUCCGGUUAACAGUUGAUACAGUUCAACCUUACACUGAAGAUAAAGAAAAUGACCUUAUUCCUCCACUUGAGCACUGUAUUAGGACAAAGUGGAAAGGAGCCGUUAUCGACUGGAAUGGCACAGAACCCAUCUUGUGACUGAACUGAAAUAAAAGGAAACUGCGA